AGACUCACACGGACGGGGUGUUUUCUCCUCUCUACAUGCAUUCUUCAGCUCAUGCUGCGUUUACGGUGCACGUUUUCCUCAGCAUGUUGAGCGGCUUGUGUUCGAGCUACAGAACCCCCGUGUGGUUCUCGGAGGGGGGCUGUCGAAUUUGACGGAUCACAGUGAAACAUCGGUGCCCAUGGGGAGAAGCUUCUGGGUCAGAGGACACCUCGGGAAAAACUCUGGAUUUUUAACCUGCCUGGAAACAACUUUAACCCCUUUAUUCUUCCCAUUGUUUAUAGCGCUUUGACUUCAAUUUCUUCUACUGCUGUAGAAGUGGUGCUGCUUCAAUUAGGGUUAUGUCCCUCCAACAAAAAAUGUCUACGAAUCGAACAAUUGACCACUGCGAAGCCCCCAAUCGAGUCACAUACGAAACCCUCUGCUGGGUGAUUAUUGGAGAGUUCGUGCUGGGUCUGCCUCUCAACCUGUCGGUCCUCUACAUUUUCGUCUUCAGGUUCAAGUUCUGGAAGAACAAAAGCAUCUUCCUGUUCAACAUCGUGGUUGCUGACUUCUUGCUGGUGGCCUGUCUCCCUUUCAAGGCCUACCACUACCACUAUGGCCAGAGGCGCAGCACCAACGAUAAGCUGUGCAAGACGAUGUUCUUCAUGUUGUUUCUAAAUCGCGGCGCCAGCAUCGCCUUCCUCAUCACCCUCUCACUCGACCGCUACUUCAACGUGGUGCAUCUCGGGAGGAGGAAUUUCGUCAAAGUGCUGAAGAAAUCCCCUCUGGUGUCCAUCAUCAUCUGGUUCCUCUUGCUGCCCCUCACCAUCCCCACGAUGGUCGAGACCUUCGAGUGCUGCAACAGUUACGGCCGCAAAAUCAAUACCCGUUUGCACAACGUGACGGACACAUUCAGAGAGAUCGUCUACUUCAGCCAGAUCAUCGUCCCCUUCGUCAUCCUCGUCUACUGCACAGUGCGCAUCGUCAACCGGCUGCAGAGGAAGACGGUGGGGGAGAAGACCAAACUGAGGAGAGCGGUGUUCGUGGUCAUGUCCGUCAUCGUCGUCUUCUCCGUCUGCUUCCUGCCCAGCACCGUGGCCAGAGCGGUGCUGCUGAGCGUCCGGCUUAAAAAGGAAUGGGAGCCCGCAGAGUACAUGGUGGUUCAGGUCUACGACAGCCUCAUGGUUCUGUCUUACAUCGACUGCCUGCUGGACCCUCUGGUGUACUGCUUCUGUAACUCAGGGUUUAAAGAUGCCUACAUAUCCACCUUCUGUCCUACCUUUCUCAGGAACAGACUUCUAAAUACUGACUUUGGCUUGGGAACGACAACGACAGCAACCAAUACCAUAACUACAACUCCUGGAAUGAGAGAAAUUGCUUUGCCGAUAUUAGCUAAAUGAUCCCGACCCGUUCUCUUAACCUGUU